UUGGUGAGUAAUUUUCAGUUUAGGAUAAUUUUCUUCUUUAUGAUUUCCUUGAACCCUUUUGUCUAUAAACUGAACUGAAUUGAAACUCAGAAACCCAGCUGAGUAAAAGAAGAUGGCACAAGUGAGGAACAAGCAAGUGCUUCUGAGGGACCAUGUCACAGGUUUUCCAAAAGAAUCCGACAUGAACAUUGUCGAAAGUACCAUAACAUUGAAGCUUCCACAAGGUUCCAAUCAUGUCCUGCUAAAAAAUCUGUACUUGUCCUGUGACCCUUACAUGAGGAAUCUCAUGAGCAAACCAGAAGGAUCCCCCAAUAGUCGCGCCUACACUCCUGGAUCCCCAUUAACAGGAUAUGGUGUGUCUAAAGUGUUGGAGUCUGGACACCCAAAUUAUAAGGAAGGUGAUUUAGUGUGGGGAUUUACCAAUUGGGAAGAGUAUAGCUUGUUAUCCUCUGCUCAAAUACUAUUCAAAAUUGAGCACACUGAUGUUCCACUUACCUACUACACUGGAAUUCUUGGUAUGUGUUCUGUAAUUUCAACUUACACUGUCUUUGAAUGAUGCAUUUGACAUUGAUAUCAUUAUGAACUGCAUGUUGGGGUUUAUUGAAGUUUUGUCAUGAAU